AUGGGGAGCGGCGGCGUCAUCCACUGCAGGUGUGCCAAGUGUUUCUGUUACCCUACAAAGCGGAGAAUAAGGAGGAGACCCCGAAACCUAACCAUCCUGAGCCUCCCUGAAGAUGUGCUCUUUCAUAUCCUGAAAUGGCUCUCUGUGGGGGACAUCCUCGCUGUCCGAGCUGUGCAUUCUCACCUGAAGAACCUGGUGGACAGCCACGCCAGUGUGUGGGCGUGUGCCAGCUUCCAGGAGCUGUGGCCUUCUCCAAAGAACCUGAAGCUCUUUGAAAGGGCUGCCGAAAAGGGAAAUUUUGAAGCCGCUGUGAAGCUGGGGAUAGCCUACCUCUACAACGAAGGCCUUUCUGUGUCUGACGAAGCCCGUGCGGAAGUGAACGGCCUGAAGGCCUCUCGCUUCUUCAGUCUCGCCGAGCAACUGAAUGCGGGCAGCACGCCCUUCAUCUGGCUCUUCAUCCGCCCUCCGUGGUCGGUGUCUGGAAGCUGCUGCAAGGCUGUGGUUCACGAGAGCCUCAGGGCAGAGUGCCAGCUGCAGGGAGUGAGUCCCGGCGAGGAACACGCGUGGGGCCCGCAUGCCGGGCGGUCCGAGCCGCACAGGACUCACAGAGCAUCCAUACUGCACUGCCUGGGGAGAGUGCUGAGUCUCUUUGAGGAUGCAGAGCGGAAGCAGCAGGCCCGGGACCUGUUUGAAGAGUCUGCUCGCCAGGGCUGUCUGGCCAGCUCGUACCUCCUGUGGGAACGUGACAGGAGGACGGACAUGUCCGAUCCUGGACGAUGCCUCCACAGCUUCCGGAAACUCAGGGACUACGCUGCCAAAGGCUGCUGGGAAGCACAGCUGUCGUUAGCCAAAGCCUGUGCAAACGGGGGCCAGCUCGGACUGGAGGGGAAGGUCGCCGACGGGGUCGCGCGCCGGCUGUUCCAGGCCUCCCGUGCCGUCAGCAAGCAGCAGGUCUUCUCCGUGCAGAAGGGACUCAGCGACACGAUGAGGUACAUCCUGAUUGACUGGCUGGUGGAGGUGGCCACCAUGAAGGACUUCACGAGCCUGUGCCUGCACCUGACUGUGGAGUGCGUGGACCGGUACCUGCGGAGGAGGCUCGUGCCUCGGUACAGGCUCCAGCUGCUGGGCAUCGCCUGCAUGGUCAUCUGCACCCGGUUCAUCAGCAGAGAGAUCUUGACAAUCCGAGAGGCAGUUUGGCUCACGGACAACACCUACAAGUAUGAAGACCUGGUGAGGAUGAUGGGAGAGAUCAUCUCUGCCCUGGAAGGGAGGAUUCGAGUCCCCACUGUGGUUGAUUACAAGGACGUCCUGCUGACGCUGGUCCCUGAGGCCCCAAGAACCCAGCAUCUGUGUGGCUUCCUGUGUGAGCUGUCCCUGCUGCACACCAGCCUGGCCGCCUAUGCUCCGGCCUGUCUGGCCGCGGCCGCCCUGCUGCUCGCGCGGCUGACCCACGGACAGACACAGCCCUGGACCACAAGGUUGUGGGACAUCACCGGGUUCUCUUGUGAAGACCUCAUACCCUGUGUCUUGAGCCUUCAUCAGAAGUGCUUCCACGACGACGCCCCCAAGGACUACAGGCAAGUCUCUCUGACCGCCGUGAAGCAGCGAUUCGAGGACAAGCGCUACGAAGAGAUCAGCCGGGAAGAGGUGCUGAGCUACGGGCAGCUGUGCGCAGCUCUGGGCGUGAAGCAAGGCAGCCCGGAGCCCACGUCCUUCCUCAGCGCGGGGGACAUUCACGCCUUCCUCAGCUCUCCGUCGGGAAGAAGAACCAAGCGGAAGCGGGAGAACAGCCUCCAGGAGGACAGGGGCAGCUUCGUCACCACGCCCACCGCGGAGCUGUCCAGCCAGGAGGAGGUGCUGCUGGGCAGCUUCCUGGACUGGAGCCUGGACUACUGCUCGGGCUACGAGGGUGACCAGGAGAGCGAGGGCGAGAAGGACGGUGACGUGACGGCACCCAGUGGCAUCCUCGACGUCACCGUGGUCUAUCUAAACCCAGAACAGCACUGCUGCCAGGAAUCAAGCGACGAGGAGGCCUGCCCGGAGGCCGGUGGUCGCCAGGAUGUGCGUGCCUACGUACCGGGCACCCAGACACCUCCGAGCCCGGGGCCCCAGCCUCUGCUCCACGGCAGGAGGGAGCCAGGCAAGGACAGUGUGACCUCGGGGUACUCCUCCAUCUGCAGCGCGAGUCCCACAGACUCGGUGGACGGGGUCUCGGGGGCCUCCCCCCGGUCUACCUCAGUGCCUUCCCCGGGCAGUGACUCAGGCACACAGCCUUGCCGCCAGCAUGCCAAGAAGCCAUGUUUACAGUGUCACUCUCCAAGCCCCCUGGAGAGCAGCACCCCCCAGCGACAGGUAAAGAGGAAAAACCUAUCUGCCCACAGCGAGGAGGAGGAAGAGGAGGAUGAGGACGAGGAGAGGGGCCUGAGCCCUGCUUGCUGAGGCUGUGAGUGCCCGCACUUGCUGCGGGCAACGUUUGCUUGGGGGUGGGGGGGGGGGCUGCCACUUCACUAGGGAGCCUGGGGGCUCCGGAGGCGGACACCGUGUGCACCCUGGUGGCUCUCACACAGGGAACUGAGAGAACGCGGGAUGCGAAGUUUCCUUCUCCGGGGCAGCCCAACGUGAACCGUCAGAACGUCUUAAGUCAGAACAGAAACUCCGAUGCUUCCCUUUGGAAAGUUUAGCCUCAAAGCAAUCAUGCCACGCCCUGUGAAGCCCAUUUCUCUGUCCCCUCUUGUGUCUGUCCUCUCUCUGGGGAACUUGAGCCCAUGUCUGAUGUCCCCAGCCCCACUGAGCCCCAUCCCGGGAACUGACAGCUUUCACCAUUGAGAACAUGUGUGAGCAGGUGGCCUGGCACAGCUCACCCCCCGCAUCUAUGGGGUUCGGGUGACCGGAGGAGCCGACCUCUCUGAGCGCACGCACCACUGUCCUCGUAUCACCUUGGUUCCCUUCCUCCCUGGGUGGCAGGUCCCCUGCUGAGGGAGCCUGGCCCCUGCACUGUCGAGGCCUGCGUGUGACCACCAGGUGGGCAGGCCCAGAGUCUUGUCAGGCUGGGCCUUGAGGGCUUGCCCUAAGCUCCCUGCCUGCCAUACUUUCAGCUCCUUUUAGAGAUCCUUCUA